GAUAAAUAGGCCAUUCUCGGUCCUAACACAAAAUAUCUCGGGAACCGAACACAAAUGCCACCAUUCGCCCCAUUGUUUUUCUUUUCUUUUUAUUUUUCUCUCUCCACACAAGACAGAGACUCAGUAGAGAGAGAAACUUACAAACAGAAACAGAAGCACACCACAAACACACAUAUCAUGUCCAACCUCAAAGAAGAAGAGAAUGAUGAUGAUGAGCAGCUUCAUAGCUCAGGAAAAAGACUAAAAUGCGCCACACCUGAACAACCACAAGAACACGAAGAAGAAGAAGAAGAAGAAGAAGAAAUGGAGCAUAUUCCAUUUCUAAUGUAUCCAGAAACGCCGACGUCGAUUGUCGUUUCAGAUGCACUUGAGCCUGAUUUUCCUAUCAUUUAUGUCAAUAAGGUCUUCGAGAUCUUCACUGGUUAUCGCGCCGAUGAAGUCCUCGGUCAAAACUGUCGGUUUCUACAAUUUAGAGACCCUCGUGCUCAAAGACGGCAUCCGUUAGUGGAUCCAGUUGUUGUUUCCGAAGUUAGACGAUGCCUCGAGGAAGGUAUUGAGUUCCAAGGUGAACUUCUAAAUUUUCGCAAGGAUGGUACUCCAUUGAUUAACAGACUGAGACUUGCACACAUACGUGAUGAUGAUGGGAUUGUCACGCACGUAAUAGGUAUUCAAAUGUUUUCAGAAGCAAAAAUAGAUCUGAAUCGUGUGUCGUAUCCGGUUUUCAAAGAAUCUUGUAAUCAGAAAAGUUAUCAAUCAGCUAAAUAUCCUCAUUUAAGUGGCUCAUCACCAUUUACCCAGCAUCAAGAAAUAUGUGGGAUACUUCGAUUAUCUGAUGAAGUAUUGGCUCACAACAUUUUAUCACGCUUGACACCUAGGGAUGUUGCGUCUAUUGGGUCUGUUUGUAGAAGAAUCCGUCAAUUGACAAAGAAUGAGCACGUGAGGAAAAUGGUUUGCCAAAAUGCAUGGGGAAGAGAAGUCACUGGUGCUUUAGAGCUGAUGACAAAGAAGUUAGGUUGGGGGCGUCUGGCUAGGGAACUAACAACUCUCGAGGCUGUAAGCUGGAGGAAACUGACUGUUGGAGGAGCAGUUGAGCCUUCGCGUUGCAAUUUCAGUGCGUGUGCAGCUGGGAAUAGACUUGUUUUAUUUGGAGGGGAAGGAGUUGAUAUGCAGCCAAUGGAUGAUACAUUUGUUCUCAAUCUUGAUGCUGCAAAUCCAGAGUGGCGGAGGGUGAGCGUGAAGUCAUCUCCACCUGGACGCUGGGGCCACACUCUUUCUUGUCUCAAUGGUUCUUGGUUGGUUGUAUUUGGAGGAUGUGGAAGGCAAGGUUUGCUCAAUGAUGUUUUUGUUCUGGACUUGGACGCCAAACAGCCAACAUGGAUAGAAAUUUCUGGUGGAGCUCCCCCUCUUCCUCGAUCCUGGCAUAGCUCUUGCACAAUAGAAGGUUCUAAACUGGUUGUCUCAGGUGGAUGCACAGAUGCUGGGGUUCUUCUGAGUGAUACUUAUUUGUUGGAUCUCACUACAGACAAGCCAAUCUGGAAAGAGAUUCCAACUUCUUGGGCUCCUCCGUCUCGAUUGGGACAUUCCCUCUCAGUUUAUGGUCGUUCAAAAAUUCUUAUGUUUGGUGGCCUAGCCAAAAGUGGGCACUUGCGACUGAGAUCUGGUGAGGCUUAUACUAUUGAUUUGGAGGAUGAUGAGCCACAGUGGAGGCAACUAGAUUGCAACGCAUUUACUGGUGUAGGCAGCCAGAGUUCUGUGGUUCCUCCUCCAAGACUUGACCAUGUUGCUCUCACCAUGCCUUGUGGGAGGAUCAUAAUCUUUGGUGGUUCCAUGGCCGGGCUGCACUCUCCUUCUCAGCUUUUCCUGUUGGAUCCUUCUGAGGCAAAACCAUCAUGGAGGACUCUCAAUGUUCCUGGUCAGCGACCUAAAUUUGCCUGGGGCCAUAGCACUUGUGUGGUUGGAGGUACUAGAGUCUUAGUGUUGGGUGGUCACACAGGGGAGGAAUGGAUAUUAAAUGAGUUGCAUGAGUUGUGCUUAGCUAGUAGGCAAGACUGAAAACUAUAGUUCGAGAAUGAGCAGCUGGUCACACAACGAGCGUAGGCAAUUCUUCAGAAGAUGUUGCUCUAUGCCCUUGGGCGUUUUAAGGUUCUUCCUUCUAAACUAUCACUGCUUUGUGCAUUGGUACAUGCUUCCCUUGUGCAUUCUGCGCUGUUCAUAGUAUUUACAUAGGAAGAGCAGUCCUUCUCUGUUUAUGUAUAUACGAUGACAGAAUAUGAACUUGUGAGUGCGGUUUUGGAGUUCAAAGUAUUUUAUCUUACGUCUAAAUAGAAAGUUGGGACAUUUGAUGUAGGCAAGUUACCCAUAUUAAUGGUUCCACUAGCCUAAGUUUUGCUUUUCCACUGUUGGCCAAUAUUUAGAUUGUAAAGAUAUAAAUACUUCUUCGUUUUUCUAUAUUCUUCUUCUGAUAUAAAUACUUAGAAAGGUUCUCUCCCUCAA